AUGUCGAGCGUGAACAAGGAGAACUACCGAGGCGUACCGAGUGGUCGCGGGAUGAAGAACCCAGUGCUAGCUGGCGCGAAGCGCGCCGUCUUGAACAACGUCACGAACACUACUUUGUCUCAAGAGGCUGCGAACUCCAAUGCGCACUCUGGUUCCGGCUACACGAACUCGUUCGGGAAGGUUUUGCGGCAGGCAAAGUCGAAAUUACAGUCGGCGAGGGUCGCUGGCUCAUUGAUCCCGCAAAUGAAGCGGGAAGGCCUCGCGUCAAGCCAAGAGGACAAGGAGAACGUUGUGCCCACUGGGGUCGCACCUGCUGCCGUUGCGGCAGCAGCAGCAGCGGCUCAAAUGGCUCCCGCGAUCGCAAAGCCGAUAUUGCAAAGCAUUUCCGAAGAGUCGCAUCAGGAGUGCCAAUCGCUCUUGAAGGACGGUGGCUCAGACGAAGGUGCUAGUACCGUGUCGACGAAGAGCUCGGACACCGAACUGGCCCCUUCGUCUUCCAGCAGCUUACAAUCAGCCCCGGCGAACAGCGAAGAGCCUGUGGUGCUAGAGAGCGGAACGCAGCUUGUAGAACGGAGAAGGCCGCAGACAUUAAAUACAACGCUUACAGGGUCAGUCGCGAGUAGCAGCGAUUGCACUACGAGCACUGGACAGCUAACCGAGAGCACGGCAGGGGAACUAACCACCACUCAGAACCAGCUCCGUCCAAGCGUUGCUGUUGCCGAGUCUAAAAAGAAGCGCCCCAUUAGUACGAUCGUAGAACCAGAGGAGCUCAAGAAGUUCAAAAUCUCUGACCAGGGCAACCAAUGUGAAUGGGAAGAUCUUGAUGCCGAGGACAUCAAUGACCCAUUCAUGGUGAGCGAAUAUGUGAACGACAUUUUCGAGUACCUACACAAAUUGGAAGUAAUGACACUACCGAAUAGGCACGAUUUGUUCAAGCAUGCUAACAUUCAGCAAAAUCGCGAUAUAUUAGUUAACUGGAUGGUUAAAAUCCACAAUAAGUUUGGGUUACUACCUGAAACGCUAUACUUAGCGUUAAACAUAAUGGACAGAUUUCUCGGGAAGGAGCUAGUUCAGCUAGAGAAAUUACAGUUGGUCGGAACUGCGUGUCUAUUUAUUGCAUCAAAGUACGAGGAGGUGUACAGUCCGAGUGUUAAGCACUUUGCUUAUGAGACAGAUGGGGCCUGUGACGAAGAAGAGAUUAAAGAAGGAGAAAAAUUCAUACUAAAGACACUACAGUUUAAUUUAAAUUAUCCAAACCCUAUGAACUUCUUGAGGAGAAUUUCUAAGGCAGACGAUUAUGAUAUUCAGUCAAGAACACUAGCUAAAUACCUAUUGGAGAUUUCUGUUGUUGACUUUAAGUUUAUUGGGAUUCUGCCCUCCUUAUGUGCUGCUGCAUCCAUGUUUCUAUCCAGAAAAAUGUUAGGUAAGGGAAAAUGGGAUGGGAACUUGAUACAUUACAGUGGUGGAUAUUCGACUACAGAAUUGGCACCUAUUUGUAACAUGUUAAUGGAUUAUCUUGUCCAACCGGUGGUCCACGACGAAUUAUUUAAGAAAUACGCGAGUAGGCGUUUCAUGAAGGCAUCAGUAAUAUCCAGACAGUGGGCCAAGAAGGUUAUGACCAGAAGUUACGAUAUUAUGACUUUACAUGAGACACAAACUGAAUAUUGA